CAGAUCUCGGGGAUUCGGGUGCGGAGCCCUUGGCCUGGAGGCGAUAUGGGUGGUCCGUGGCCCGGUUCAGUCGCUCGCAACAGCCCGGGGAACAGGCCUGUCUGGCCCUGAGGGAGUCCCCUUUCUGAAGCUGUGGUGCUCAGAAGACCUGCUCUCUACGUUGCCGGGCACCUGUAGGUGUCCCUCGAGAGCUCAGUUUUGAGGUUCAAGUCAGUGUGGCCAUGAAGGGGCUGCCUAUUGGGCUGAUGCUGUGACCCCGGAGUCUGCCUUUCCUGCCAGUCCCCCGGCCCGGAACAUGUGGCUGCGGCUUGGCCUGCCCUCGCUGUCCCUGAGCCCCAAGCCCACAGUUGGCCGGAGCCUGUGCCUCACCCUGUGGUUCCUGAGCUUGGUGCUGAGGGCCAGUACUCAGGCCCCAGCACCCACAGUCAAUACUCACUUUGGGAAGCUAAGGGGUGCCCGGGUACCAUUGCCCAGUGAGAUCCUGGGGCCUGUGGACCAAUACCUUGGGGUGCCCUACGCAGCGCCCCCCAUCGGCGAGAAACGUUUCCUGCCCCCUGAACCACCCCCAUCCUGGUCGGGCAUCCGGAACGCCACACACUUUCCCCCAGUGUGCCCCCAGAACAUCCACACAGCUGUGCCCGAAGUCAUGCUUCCUGUCUGGUUCACGGCCAACUUGGAUAUCGUCGCUACUUACAUUCAGGAGCCCAACGAAGACUGCCUCUACCUGAACGUCUAUGUGCCCACGGAGGAUGACAUCCGGGACAGUGGCGCUAAGCCUGUCAUGGUCUACAUCCAUGGAGGCUCUUACAUGGAAGGGACAGGCAACAUGAUUGACGGCAGCGUCCUGGCCAGUUAUGGCAACGUCAUCGUCAUCACCCUCAACUAUCGGGUUGGAGUGCUAGGUUUCCUGAGCACUGGCGAUCAGGCUGCCAAGGGCAACUACGGGCUCCUUGACCAAAUCCAGGCCCUCCGCUGGGUGAGCGAGAAUAUCGCCUUCUUCGGUGGCGAUCCCCGCCGUAUCACGGUCUUUGGCUCGGGCAUUGGCGCGUCCUGUGUCAGCCUCCUCACGCUGUCGCAUCACUCUGAGGGGCUUUUCCAGAGAGCCAUCAUCCAAAGUGGUUCUGCUCUGUCCAGCUGGGCUGUGAACUACCAACCAGUGAAGUACACCAGCCUGCUGGCAGACAAGGUAGGCUGUAACGUGCUAGACACCGUCGACAUGGUGGACUGUCUUCGGCAAAAGAGUGCCAAGGAGCUGGUAGAGCAGGACAUCCAGCCUGCCCGCUACCAUGUGGCCUUUGGCCCCGUGAUUGACGGUGACGUCAUUCCUGAUGACCCGGAGAUUCUCAUGGAACAGGGCGAGUUCCUCAACUAUGACAUCAUGCUAGGUGUCAACCAGGGUGAGGGGCUCAAGUUUGUGGAAGGGGUGGUGGACCCUGAGGAUGGUGUCUCUGGCACUGACUUUGACUACUCAGUCUCCAACUUUGUGGACAAUCUGUAUGGCUAUCCUGAGGGUAAGGACACCCUGCGGGAGACCAUCAAGUUCAUGUACACAGACUGGGCAGACCGUGACAAUCCUGAGACCCGCCGUAAAACACUGGUGGCGCUCUUCACUGACCACCAGUGGGUGGAGCCCUCAGUGGUGACAGCUGAUCUGCACGCCCGCUAUGGCUCGCCUACCUACUUCUACGCCUUCUACCAUCACUGCCAGAGCCUCAUGAAGCCUGCUUGGUCAGACGCAGCUCAUGGGGAUGAAGUACCCUACGUUUUCGGUGUCCCUAUGGUAGGCCCCACUGACCUUUUCCCCUGCAACUUCUCCAAGAAUGACGUUAUGCUCAGUGCUGUCGUCAUGACCUACUGGACCAACUUUGCCAAGACCGGGGAUCCCAACAAGCCGGUCCCCCAGGACACCAAGUUCAUUCAUACCAAGGCCAACCGCUUUGAGGAAGUGGCCUGGUCCAAAUACAAUCCCCGAGACCAGCUCUACCUUCACAUCGGCCUGAAGCCAAGGGUCCGCGAUCAUUACCGUGCCACUAAGGUGGCCUUUUGGAAACACCUGGUGCCCCACCUGUACAACCUGCAUGACAUGUUCCACUACACGUCCACAACCACCAAAGUGCCGCCCCCGGAUACCACCCACAGCUCCCACAUCACCCGCAGGCCCAAUGGCAAGACCUGGAGCACCAAACGGCCAGCCAUCUCCCCCGCCUACAGCAACGAGAACGCCCAAGGGUCCUGGAACGGGGACCAGGAUGCAGGGCCGCUCCUGGUGGAGAACCCUCGUGACUACUCCACUGAAUUAAGCGUCACCAUCGCCGUGGGGGCCUCCCUCCUCUUUCUUAAUGUCCUGGCCUUCGCCGCCCUCUACUAUCGGAAGGACAAGCGGCGUCAGGAGCCCCUGCGGCAGCCCAGCCCUCAGAGGGGAGCCGGGGCUCCUGAAUUGGGAGCUGCUCCCGAGGAGGAGCUGGCAGCACUGCAGCUGGGCCCCACCCACCACGAGUGUGAGGCGGGUCCCCCCCAUGACACCCUGCGCCUCACUGCACUGCCCGACUACACGCUGACCCUGCGGCGCUCCCCUGAUGACAUCCCACUCAUGACCCCCAACACUAUCACUAUGAUCCCCAACUCCCUGGUGGGGCUGCAGACAUUGCACCCCUAUAACACCUUUGCCGCAGGGUUCAACAGUACUGGGCUGCCCCACUCACACUCCACCACCCGGGUAUAGCUGCAGCCCAGAGCACAGCUUAUAUCCCGGCUCUGUCCCUCCGGGAUCCACGAACACACACACACACACACACACACACACACACACACACACACACACACGCACAGAGACAUAUAUGUAUACGCACGCACCCACACCCGACAGCAGACCCACCUGCACAAACAUAGACAGAUGUGGGCAUGCACCCGCAUGUGCAACAACACAAAGAAGUAAACCUGAACAAACGCUUCAAAUGGGGACGCAAAUGAGUCCUUGGGGAACUGAGGACCCGUGGAACAGCAGCUGAAGCCGGCUCCCCGAGCCUGACCACAGACACUACUGGGGAGCCUGAAGCACCAGCUGGACACCCCCUUGGUGCUCGCCUUCCACCUCUCUUGGAACUGCACCACCGACCAACUCCAGACUUGGGAGCUUUAAAGAGCAGAGUAGCUCUUUCUCCCCCAGACUUGGUCUUUUUUCUGGGUCUUGUUUUUGUUGAUUUUUUAAAAAAAAUUUGGAACAAAUGCUUCUCCAACCGAUGGGUGCAAAGAAGCUCCGGAAGGGAGGGCUCCAGGCCCAGGUCUCUCUGGCUCUGGAACUCCCAGCUUGUACAAUCCGACCAAGGAACAUGGCCCCCAAGAAGGAAACAGGUUCGAGCAAAACCAUGGGGAGAAGGAGGAAGGGGCUCUCACUGGAUGGGGUUCGAGGGCCUUAAGGGGCAACUUGCCAGCCACCUCUGUAUCUCUGCGGAGGGCUGCAGAGACCACAGGGUCACAUGCGUCCCUCAGAGGCCAGGAGCAUCGGCCUAGCUAGACCAGGCAAGGGACUGCAGAUUUGGUGAAGGAGGUUUUGUGGAGGCCAUGUGAUUAUCGGUGCCCCGGGUACAAUCUGGGUUCUGCCUCUGCCCUUGGGGUAAUGCUAUCAGAAAUUCGCCCCGUUUUCUUUACAGAGUCUCUUUUGUGUCUGUCAUUUCUCUUUCAAAAAGGUGGUGUUUUUUGUUGUUGUUGGCUUUUUUUUUUAAAGAAAAGUUCUUAAAACACUAA